UCAUUGUGUGCGCGUGUCUACCCUCUUCCCACACACGUGAAGUCAGAGAAGACUACUUGGGUGAAGCUAUGUCGAAAGCUAAACAAAAACGAGCCAAACGUCUCGGUUUCCUCGGAAAAUGUAAGACUGCAGAUGGAGGAAAGGGUGGUGCUUCAGGGCGGACAAAGAAUUCACAGCAAUCAUCCGGGCAGCAUGUUAAAGACCACAGAAACCCAGAAGAAAUCAGGAAAAAGAGGCUUCAGGAACUCCAGGAAAAGCAGAAAACCUCUAGAGAACGAGAGCUGAUGAAGAGGAGGAAUUUGAAAAGCUUUCAGGAUGACAUCCUGCAGCGACAGAGAGAGUUUGAGCAGAGGGAGACAGAGAUGCUGAGUUUGGAGAAGCAUGUUAAUUUUGAAAAUGAGAAUUCAAGAAAGGCAUAUUACAGAGAAUUUAAAAAGGUAGUGGAGGCCUCAGAUGUGAUUUUGGAGGUUUUGGAUGCACGUGACCCUCUUGGCUGCAGAUGUCCCCAGGUGGAGCAGGCUGUCAUUCAAAGUGGAACGAACAAGAAAAUAGUUUUAGUGCUGAAUAAAAUUGAUUUGGUGUCAAAGGAAAUUGUGGAAAAGUGGAUUAAAUAUCUUCGUAAUGAGUUCCCUACUGUGGCUUUCAAAGCAUCUACUCAGCAACAGACUAAGAACUUGAAACGCAGUAAUGUACCAGUGACGCAAGCCACCACAGAGCUUCUUAGCACUAGUGCUUGUGUCGGUGCAGAUUGUUUGAUGAAGCUACUCGGCAACUACUGCCGCAACCUAGACAUAAAGACGGCCAUCACUGUAGGUGUUGUAGGUUUUCCUAACGUGGGGAAGAGUAGUUUGAUCAACAGUUUGAAACGGGCACGAGCGUGUAGUGUUGGAGCCACUCCUGGUGUCACCAAGUAAGUGCCUUCAGAGGUUCAUUUGGAUAAACACAUUAAGCUACUAGAUUGCCCAGGCAUUGUCAUGGCAACCUCAACGACUGAUGCAGCAAUGAUACUUCGUAACUGUGUGAAAAUCGAACAGCUUGUGGAUCCCUUUCCACCUGUUGAAGCCAUCCUUCGACGCUGCAACAAGGCGCAGAUCAUGGAGCACUACGGAGUUCAAGACUUUCACACAGCUCUGGAGUUCUUGGCAUUGCUUGCUCGACGUCAAGGCAAACUAAGAAAAGGAGGACUGCCUGACACUGACAAAGCUGCUAAGAGUGUGUUAAUGGACUGGACAGGGGGAAGGAUCAGCUACUUCACGCACCCUCCAGAGACCCACACUCUGCCCACGCACGUCAGCGCUGAGAUUGUUACGGAGAUGGGUAAAGCUUUUGACUGGGAUGAGCUGGAAAAAGGAAAUCAGGAGGUUCUUGCAGGGUCAUCUUGUCCCGAUAUCCAAAUGGGAUUCUGCAUGGAAACCACUGGAAUGACACAAGGUGGCCUGGGUGAACCAACUUCUGACCUGGAAAUGGUAGGGGGGUCUUUGGAAGAGCCAGAAUUUAAAGAUGAAACUGAAUCUAUGGAGGAUGACCAGGACCCAGAGUUUGGACCGAUGACAGUGGAGAUAAAAUCUCAGAAAUCAAAGACCGACUCCCCUGCAAAUGAUGCUGCAUCCAGGGCUCCAGGUUUAAAGGAUAUCUUUAACAUAGAUCCUCUACAGCAGGGCCAGGCACUCCUGGCUGCCAGGAAGAACAGGAAAAAGCAACAGAAAAGAGCUGACAAAAUUGCCACCAAACUCUCAGACACCUUGACAUCUGCCAUGGACUUCUCAUUUUCAGAUAUUUGAGUAAAUGUAUUGAAAUAAAAUAUUUAAAGAAUA